AUGGAGAGCUUAAAAGCACCUUUUAAGGGAAUUGUGAAUGAUAUAAGAGGAAGAUCACAGUGUUAUAGAGAUGAUUGGGCUUGUGCUUUCCGUUCCGGUAUUGGGAUAUUGGCUCCAACUACCUAUAUUUUCUUUGCUUCUGCUUUACCUGUUAUUGCCUUUGGGGAACAGCUGAGUAGAGACACAGAUGGAAGAUUGAGCACAGUAGAAACACUAGCUUCUACAGCCAUAUGUGGAAUCAUACAUUCAAUUAUUGGAGGCCAACCAUUGCUUAUUGUAGGAGUUGCAGAACCAACCAUCAUCAUGUAUACCUAUCUGUACAACUUUGCCAAAAAUAGAGAUGCCUUGGGACAACAACUCUUUUUGGCUUGGGCUGGAUGGGUUUGUGUAUGGACUUCAUUCUUGCUUUUUCUUCUAGCAAUAUACAAUGCUGGCAAUAUCAUCAACAGAUUUACAAGGGUUGCUGAAGAGCUUUUUGGCAUGUUGAUUUCAGUCUUGUUCAUUCAAGAGGCUAUUAAGGGAAUAAUAAAGGAGUUUAGUGUUCCUAAAAAUGAAAACUCAAAAUUAGAGCAGUACCAGUUUCACUGGCUUUAUGUGAAUGGCCUAUUAGGUGUUAUAUUCACAUUUGGCCUUCUCUAUACGGCAUUGAAGAGUAGAAGAGCAAGAUCAUGGUUAUAUGGGACAGGGUGGUUGAGAAGCUUUAUUGCAGACUAUGGUGUUCCUUUCUUGGUGGUAGUAUGGACAGUUGUGUCAUUCUCAGGGCCAAGAGAAAUACCUUCUGAAAUUCCAAGAAGACUAGUUGCUCCUCUUGCUUGGGAAUCUACAUCUCUACACCAUUGGACUGUUAUCAAAGACAUGGGGAAGGUUUCUCCAACAUAUAUUUUUGCUGCUUUUAUUCCUGCAUUGAUGGUAGCAGGACUUUACUUCUUUGAUCAUAGUGUUGCUUCUGGGAUGGCACAACAGAAGGAAUUCAAUCUCAAGAAGCCUUCUGCAUAUCAUUAUGACAUAUUCUUACUCGGAUUCACGACUUUGCUUUGUGGACUACUUGGCUUGCCACCUUCAAAUGGUGUUCUUCCUCAAUCCCCUAUGCACACCAAGAGCCUCGCAGUUCUCAAGGGUCUGAUGAUCAGAAGAAAAAUGGUUGAAAGUGCGAAAGAUAGCAUAAGAAAUAAAGCUAGUAACACCGAAAUCUACGGGAAGAUGCAAGCAGUGUUUGUAGAAAUGGACAGCAGCAGCCAUGUUACUUCUGUGGAAAAAGAAUUAGAGAACUUAAAAGAGGUUGUUCUAAAAGGUGAAGAUAAUGGAGAUAACAAGAAGGAUACAUUUGACCCUGAGAAGCAUAUUGAUGCAUGUUUGCCUGUUAGAGUAAAUGAGCAAAGAAUCAGCAAUCUCUUACAAUCACUCUUUGUUGGAGCAUCAGUUUUUGCCAUGCCUGUCAUAAAAAAGAUUCCGACUUCGGUUUUGUGGGGAUACUUUGCAUACAUGGCCAUUGAUAGUCUUCCUGGUAACCAAUUCUGGGAAAGGAUACUACUUCUCUUCGUAACGCCUAGUAGAUGGUUCAAGUUAUUGGAGGGUCAUCAUGCUUCCUUUGUGGAAUCGGUACCAAUUAGAAACAUAGUCUUCUUCACAAUAUUCCAAUGUGUGUAUUUCUUGGUUUGUUUUGGAGUGACAUGGAUUCCAAUAGCUGGAAUAUUGUUUCCUUUGCCUUUCUUUUUACUGAUCUUGGUGAGACAAUAUAUUCUUCCCAAGCUGUUUAGCCUUCAUCACCUAAGAGAACUUGAUGCAGCUGAAUAUGAAGAAAUCGUUGGUGCUCCGAGACUCUCGAUGGAUUCACCUAGUUUUGGAUCAAGGGAAUUGUCUGACAGUGAAAUAUUAGAUGAACUGACUACUAGUAGAGGAGAAUUGAAGGUCAGAAGUCUAAGCUUUAGAGAGGAAAGACAUGGUCAAGUGAUCUAUCCUAAUGAAAUAGUAUGUGAAAAUGAAUAA